CAACAGUUUGCUAAAUAGAAAAACAUGUAGCUAGAUACUGAGACCAGAACCGUUCUUUUAUAGCUGAAUGAGAAAGCUACCCGUCUUUUUCCAGCAGUGAAAGAGAGACGGGGGAAGGAGUGACUGAAGACACACAGACGGCGCCGCUGCGGAAAGCAGAAGUAGUUAGUUACAGUAGUUAACUAGCUAGCCAGAAUGUUUAGCUACUGUAGCUAGUUAGCUAACUUGUAUUGUGAUAAGUAUUAAGUACCAGGCCAGCUAAAAACGGGCUGGUGUGUGUAAUAACUCCAGCCUGCUCUCCCUCUCCGCGGCUACACUACUGAUGCCGGUCUCGGCCGGGGCUCCAUGGAAGAGCUGCUAGCACAGGACGGAACAAGGAACGGGACUGCAACCGAGGCUCACCCCUGCCCGGGCAAGCCCUCUGCCCAUCUCUCUGGUCCAACGGGAUAUUAUUACCGUGGGGUGAGCCUGGAAACGGGAGUUACGGCCGACCGACCGGCGAUGGGGUCAGAAGUACUUUUCCAUCUUUUUCUACAACUUUUAUGAAAGGUCUUAUAAUAAAGUUGAGAUUUAUUUAUACCUACAUCAAACUGGUUAAGGUUAUACAGUGUGUUUGUCCGGCAGUGAUGAGAUGCCAUGUAGCUAACUCCUAUAGAAGCUACCAUCUCUAGAUGUUCGCCAGACGCGGUUGAAACCCCUGGAACCCGCUUCUCCCGCUACACAAUCCGGGUAGAGAUCCUGGACAAGAUGAGUGGGGGGAAGAAGAGGAGUGGCUUCCAGAUUACUAGUGUGACGUCAGACUACACGCAGAGCUCUGGGGAAGCCCCACCCCAUGUUCAGGCCUCUAGCCAAUCAAAUCCCUCCCUUCAGUCCUCCAGCCAAUCCACUGAUUCCUCCCAGCCUGGCCUCUCCCACCAGCAGGGAAGUUUCUCCCAGCCGACGACUCCCCUCUCUCUGAGGAAAUCCAACUCUCAAGAUGCUGUGGGGCAGGGGUCCAGGUUUCGAGUUGUCAGAUUGGGCCAGGGCCAUGGAGGACCCUAUUGCCGGGGGCGGUGGACCUGUACGGACUUUUUGGAACGAGAGGAAGGGGUGGGGCCUAGAUGGGUGAUGGCCAGCAUGAGACACGCCCACUCUCUGGAGUCCCUGGAGGGGAUUGGUCUACAGAGGGCUGGGGGAGGGGCUGGAGGCGAGCUGCUGGGGCACGUGCGCACUCUCAGGACAGGACACCUUGUUCACUCUCACGGUACCUCCCACUUGCUGGCCCAGCCAAUAGGGUCAGACGGGGAGGGGUUUGGAGGGCUGAAGCCUCUCCUCCACAGCGACCCGCCCAACCCCACACACCUGGAAAGAUUCAACUUGCGAGUGGUCGACUCCAUGCCCCCCCUGCCCAGCCCCCGCCCACGGAACAUCCCACCCCCUCUACGCCUGGAUGUGGACGCUACCGGGAGGUCUCUUUUGAGAGUGUCUCAUUCCCAGCCCAGCUCCCCUGGGCCCCCCCUACAGGGUAGAGAUGGUACUUUCCUACCCAGUCUGAUUCCCAUCCAGACUUCUUCGGCCUGGUCCAUGUUCGGCUCCGGGGAGGCUGUCCAUCUGCCAGGGGACGACAGUGGGUCGAGCAGCAGCAUGAUCGCAAUCGACAACAAGAUCGAGCAAGCCAUGGACCUUGUAAAGACCCACCUGAUGCUGGCGGUCAGAGAGGAAGUGGAGUUGCUAUGGGAACAGAUUAAAGAACUAUCAGAAAGGAACGCCCAGCUGGAGAGAGAGAACUAUAUCCUGAGAACUCUGAGAGACGGAGACUGACACAGCAACGAAAUGUUACACUUCUCUCAUGAUCGUUGUUUAAAUUAGUAAUACCUGUAACAUGACUGAUGAAUCAUUCUGUCGAACGGCAGAAAACAAUAAUAAAUAACUGUGACUAAA